GUCAUCCCCUGGAAACUGCGGACUUCCUCUCUGUUUGUCUGGGUCAUCCUGUCUGCCGGUCGCUGGCCCCAGGCUCACUCUCUGGCCCCAGCCCUCUCUCACUCUCUCUCUCUCAGCAGCUGUCUCUCUCGUGCCCGCUGGCCUGUCUCUCUCCGCAGUCGUCUCCUUCUCUGCCUGCCUGGGUGGCCACCAUGAGCCGGAAGCGGCUCAUCACUGACUCCUAUCCUGUAGUGAAGAGGAGGGAGAGCCCUGCUGGACACAACAAGGGGGAGCUGGCAUCAGAGCUAGAGGAAGAGCCCCAGCCCUUGAGCGUGGAUGAAGCCGAGCUGGAGUUGCUGAGGCAGUUUGACCUGGCCUGGCAGUACGGGCCCUGCACAGGGAUCACUCGGCUGCAGCGCUGGCAUCGGGCAGAGCAGAUGGGCUUGGAGCCUCCCCCAGAAGUGCGUCAGGUGCUGCAAACCCACCCCGGAGAUCCCCGCUUCCAGUGCAGCCUCUGGCAUUUCUAUCCCCUCUGAGGCACCACCGAAGACCUCCUGCCCGCACCCGAGAACCUCAGGACACAGGGAGAGCCAUUGCUGCCCCUUAGCUCGGCUCUGCGGUGAAGAACAUUUGGCAGGAAGAAGUCUCACAGGGCAGGAAGGAGGCUGAAUGUGGUCUCCGCGAUCAGCCCUCCAUCUAACCAGCAGGCUCCCAGAGCCCCUCUGAGGGCCGACGAGCACCUGCUCCAUGGGAGGUGGUCCCUGAGGAAAAGGAUCUGGCCCUGAGUCUUCUGACGCCUACCUCCCGCCUCCCUGACCUACAGACUGUGGCCCUCGGGAUGACAUAGCAACUCCGGCACAGUCUGCCCAACAGACUCAGGCAGAUGCACUCCUCCCCUAAGCCUGGGAAUAUGAGGGCAGAACUGGCAGAGCUCGCCGGGCAAGAGGGUCACUAAUACUAAUCAAUAAAGAACAGCCUGGAAGCCAGACCUCCGGUCCCUUACUGUGGCCCUGUUUGGGCUGGCAGCACCCAGCAAGUUGAUAAGUGGGAGACAGCCAGCAGCACACUUUUUGACUAGGUGCGUGUGCCUCUUCCGCUGCCUAACUUUAGACCAAAGAGGGAGGAAAGACACCUAAGACCAACGGUCAAGUCCUCACGAGAGCUAAGCAACCUCUGGCGCCCCCUGGUGGUGCACAGGGAAGCUACUCUUUAGUCACCUGCCCUGACCAGCCAGAGAAAACCUACCAGACCAGCCACCUAGCCUGCCCAGUGUUCACCUCUCGGAAAUGGGUCCUUUGUCAGAGGAGGAUCCAUGCGGUCCCUGGAUCAGAAAGUCCAGACAGACUUACUCACUCCCAGCAAGCACCUCUGCUUCCCACAAGGGGUUCCAAAGCAGAGUUCGGGGAGAGUUUUAACCCAUAGAACCUGCUCAGAGAUAGCCACAAUCAGGGGCUUUGGUAGGGAACUGGAUGGUGCUGGGGGUGGAGGAGGACUGGCUGGAGCCAGAAACAGUGCUUCGGGGACCUUGGGACAACACUCCCUGACAAACAGUAUCAGUACUGCUCACAUGGUGUCACCCUCAUAAGCUCGAUCAGCUCUCCAUCCUGGGGCACAGAGACAGACCGCGCUCUGAACUCCUUGCAAACAGGCCUACAGAGCGGCCAAGGGGUCUUUUAGCCCCUAUUUUAUUGAGCCCUGAUCAUGCCUCAAGGACUUCAAAUGUUUUCUCUCUAAACUCCCUGAAAAGCCUUCAAGGUUAGCUUUUACGGCGAGGGAAACUAAAGCCUGGGAAGGUUGUGUAAAGUUUCCCGACAGCAGCGGCCUGGCCAUGGUGGUGCAGAGGCCGGGUCCAUGCCUGUAUCCCGUGCCCUGCCCAUCUGCUGAGCACCUGUAUGCGCCGGCUCUAGAAGUCCUCUCAGCUGUUAUUAGUUGUGAGGAGGUGGACCAAAACAAACAUGUAACUGUUAUGUCAGGUGGUGGUCAGUGGAAAGCAAAAUUAGGGGCCAGAGAGUGCCAGAGAGGCUGGUCAGUGGAGGCUUGACAGGGUGGCCUUUAAGCGGGGAGCUGAAGGAAGUACGGGAGUGAGCCUGGCAUCCAUGUGAGUGCUCCAGACAGAAGGAACCAUCAGCACACCCUCCGCAAGGAGGGAGUCAGUGUUUCCAGCCUGGUCAAGAGCUAGCAUGGAGGCCAGUGUGGCCCAGGGCCAGGGAGCGAGGGGAGUGUGGUGGGAAAUGAGGCCAGAGAGGCAGCAGGUAGGUCCCACAGGGCCUUGCAGGCCAGGAUAGGAUUCUGGAUUGUACUCUGAAGGAGAGGAAGACAUUGGUGGGUUUGAAGCCAAUCAAUGACGUAAUAAAACAUGUUUUGAAAACAUUA